CGCGAUGUUCUGCCUCCACGUAACCCACGCGAUCAGACGUCGGUGCAGGACGAUGGCGACGAGCCCCAGCGUGAGCCGCUUGGCGCCCUGGAAGCAGCGCCUUCAGGAAGCGAUUGAAGCCAACCGACACAUCCCAGGCACGCACUACCUGCAGAUGGCGACGGUGGCCCAAGACGGUGCGCCGCAAUGCCGGACAGUUGUCUUCCGUGGCUUUGAAGGCGAGACGGGCAUGACCAUGAUCACGGAUGCGCGCAGUGCCAAGGUUGCCCAGCUGCAAGCGAAUCCCGCAUGCGAGGUGGCUUGGUGGCUGCCGCAGAAUGGCGAGCAGUUCCGCAUCGCGGGCCACGUGCAGCUCGUGACGCCCGACGACGACGCCGCUGGCUUGCGCGCGCAGCUGUGGCACAAACUGCGCGAGAGCAUGCGGCAGCAGUUCUUUUGGCCGCAGCCCAACACGCCAUUUGUCGACGCGCCCGUGCCGGUGGUGACGUCGGCAACGCCGCCACUGACAUUUCUUGUGCUCGUGCUUCGGCCGCAGCAGGUCAAGUACCUUCGUCUCCACGACAGCUUUGCCCAAGUCGACACGCUUAAUGCCUCGGACGAUCCCGCGUGGGUGUCCCGUCGGAUCAACCCCUAGCAGCAUCUGCACGUCUCCUCCAACAAUCAAAAUGAGACGAAGCUCGUUGCUCGAUGAUACAUACCCACCCAC